GCUUGACAAUAUUGCCCUGCAACAACCAUCGCAGUGGUUGAUGUCGCGCCCUCCUCCGUUUUCUUCUCGUCGCGGCCGGUCGCCUUCGUUUUCAAAUGGAAUACCUACAAUCUCGCCUCCCCUCUCAGCGCCAGGUAUGACAAUGGCCACCAGGCCUCUGCAAAUAAGUCGAAGUUCGUCGCGACCAACAACUCCCAGUAAUAGCUCCAUAAUAUCGACUUCACCCAGGGCUACCCCACCCAACACUGCACCAGUUGGCCCUUCUCGACCUCAGCGGUCUGAGCUACGAGCUCGGGCCUCUGACUUCACUGGAAACGACCGAGGGUCUACGUCUUACAGAGACAGUAUUAGUACAACGCGUUCCGACGCUUCCUCCUCCCUUCACUCUCGAACGAUUACAAGCACACCCGUUAAAACACGACCGCCAAAGCCUCAACGGCUAAACAGCUCACCCACCGACGAUGAGCAGACCCCAACACCCACAUCACUGUCAUCGGUCAUGUCUGCCUUUCAGUCUGCAGGGAGACGACGUGCAAUGACGAACGGAAGCGACGACUUGGAGUACCAGAAAGAGAAGAGAGUCGAAAUGGAAGCCGAGAAAGCCAGGCAACAGCGAAUACGAGACAAGGUGCCCGGAUGGAAGGUGAAUGGUAAAGCUCGAGCAGGCGAUAUUGAUGCUGUGCUCGAUCAAAUAAGAGAUGAAUGGGCUUUUGUAAUUGACCCAGACUUCAAUCCCGUGGACCUUGCACUUCAACUCCUCGACGAUUCCUCGCUUGGAAAGGAUAUCGAUUCGUUUCACAGCACCAAGAAUCUAUUGUCCAAAGCCUUGCAAGGUUCUGUCGACAGACAUCAUCAGGCCUUUGCAGCCGCACUCCCUCACCAUGCCAACCUCUUGAACCACCUGGGAGCGAUGCAGACACAGAUCAACGAGACGCGAACAGCUUUGCAAGAGUCAAAAGAUGCGUUAGGUAGUAAGCGUGCUGACCUUGUACAGCUUUGGGCAAGAGGACAAACUUUGGAAGAAAUGAUGCGACUUUUGGAUCAAAUAGAGCAUCUCAAGUCUGUGCCUGACCUUCUAGAGACACUCAUGUCAGAAAAACGCCUCCUCCAGGCGUCCGUUCUCCUCGUUCGAAGCCUAAAGAUAAUAAACAAACCUGAGAUGCUUGAAAUUGGGGCUGUAUCUGACUUGCGAAGCUAUCUAUUGGGCCAAGAAACGGCUCUACGAGAAAUCUUGACUGAUGAACUUCAUAGCCACUUAUAUCUAAAGUCAUUUUGGUGCGACUCUCGUUGGGCGGCUUAUACGCCAAAUCAGCGGACAUUCCCCAAACUCGAUUUUGAAAAUGGUUCGCUUCCCACCCCUUCUCAGACGUCUCCGUCCUCUGCCACGUUUCGUCGGACCCGUCUUGCACGCUUUAUCGACGAACUUACCUUACGACCCAAUGACCCGCCCCAUGACCUGGAUGACCCUAAUUUCCGCAAUGGAUUCCCUACCCCUUCGACUUCCUCAAUAUCUAAUAUCACGCCCGUAAUGCAGAACUCUAAUCCUGAGACUGACUCCUUUGCAUACAUGGAAACCGUACUCGAAUCCCUCGCGGUCCUGAGCCGACUGGGCAGCGCUCUGGAUAACGUCGCACAACGCGUGCCUAAUGAAAUUUUCGCCCUGGUGGAAACAACCUUAGACGAAGUUUCAGAUCGUGCUGAGUACGGUCGGCGUGGUUCCGUGUACGCUCUCAUGCGGGGUGCGACGCGAUCCGAGGGCGUCUACGUUUUUGCGACGAGUGUGUCCUCCUUAAGUAACAGGGCUGCAGGCAACCGGGAUCACCUCAAUCCGUCGUGUUUGAGACUGUCUGCUCUUGAAUCAUCAGCAAAGCAAGUCGACCAUGAGAUACUAAAGGAUUUCUUUUGGACUCUUUAUUCAAAAAUGGAUGCGGUUGCUCAAGGUCUGAGGGUAAUAUAUGAGGUAGCCAAUCGAAUUGGUUCUCGGCGAGAUUUCAAGGAUUCAGCAGGGACGAAGCCUGGUGCUCUUUUCCCUCUGGCAGACAUCUGGAUGUCAGUGCAGUCCGAAAUACGGACGCUCAUUUCCGACUACUUAACCAACGAAGAACAAGGCGCGGCUUCAGGUCGAAACCCGGUGUCUUCUAUCAAUGAAAUUCUUCGUGAAGGGCGUUACUCGAGAGAUAAGACAAAGGGGGCGUUCCGGUUCGCCGACAGUGACGUGAAGCUAACCAACAAGUUACUUCGACCUCAUGAGGAUGAAUUGACUCGUGUUAUCAAAGACACAAUGCCUGGACUGGUCCAGGGUGCCUCCGAUAAUACUGUACAAGCCGCCCUCUCUACUGUUGGUGUGGAUGAUCGGAUACUUGGAGCAGGUCAACACCAUCGACUACUCAUAGAACCGGAUACAUUUCAUGUCACUGUUCUUUUUGAGCCCACGCUGGCUUUUCUCGCUCGUGUUGCUGAAACUCUACCCUCAGGGACAGAGUCGACCCGGGAUUCGAGUGCAGUUUUGGAUGACUUUGUCUUGAAGGUAUAUCUUCCUCAACUAGAAGAGAAAGUAUCGUCCUUGUUCCAUGAAGCCGUCACCGGUCACGACGCGUUCCUUCCUGAUCCCUUGUCAGCGAAAUUCUGUCCCGAGCCUUUGGUCAAGGCAAGCACGCAUCUCAUGGCUUUGAUAAAUUCAUUAUGUGCAAUGCUCCAAACCACCCCCUUUCACCGAGAAAACUAUUCUCGAUUGAUACUUGGUGUCAUUAUUCAAUUCUAUCAGCGCUGCAGUGACCGGUUCCAAGACUUAGUUUCGACGCCGGCAGAAGAUCCGCAAGCAGCAUCACAUGUAGCCCUUGCCGUUCAAUGGGCCCAGCGGUCAGAGUCGAGCCCAUGCUUGAGGGAGCUACUGUCUACACCACCAAGUAAUAUAUCGACGCAGCAACAACUUUGUCGACAAGAAACUAACCUAGAACUCGACUUUCUUCGCCAGGACACGGUCAAAGAAACAGAUCUUGUCCCGUCAAUACGCAAUCUAUCUGCAUUGGCGAGUCUAUAUCGCAGUGUGGCUUGGUUUGCUUCCGAGCUGAGUGCCUUGAAGUCUCGACCGCCAGACGCUCCAAUGAGUCCACUGAGUCUGGAGCCUUUGUCUGCGACGUCUGCCUCAUCUCCCGUCCUGCCAUUGCCGCAGGCAAGCUCUGAGACAGCAGAGCCUUUGGCCCUUCCUCUUUCAAAGGAAAUGUCCCUGCGCUUUGGCGCAUUGCUCAAGACAUACGAACAGCUCUCAGAACUUAUUUUGGAUACUAUUAGAAUUGACAUCAGGUGUCGGACUAUCUAUUACCUUGAUUCGGCACUACGUUAUGGCAAUUAUUCCAUGGAGCAGGAAGCGGGAGAACCAGAUCCCCACGUAAUCGAUCUCAACAAUGAACUGGGAGAAUGUGAUGAAUUCCUUAGCACCAGCUUGUCGGAGACAGCAAGACGAUUUAUAUUCGUCGGGUUGGGAUAUCUUAUGGAACAUAUUUUGAUCGCGAACGCUCGGUAUCUUGGUGUCCCGACCAGCUUUGGGAUCAAGAAGAUCAUCCGGAAUAUGCUCGCUCUACAACAAAGUGUCAAGGCCAUUACAAACGACCAAAACAGCGAGUUUGAAAAAGCGAAACGCUACUAUACGCUCUUCUUUAUGUCACCACAAGCGAUGCUUGACGGGAUACGGCAGAAACAGCUGUUCACUUUCGAUGAGUAUCUGACGAUGUUACGGUUACAGUGUGGAGUCGACCAAACAGAAGGAGACCCUAGAGCCUCCAAGGCAAUUAACCGUAACUAUAGUAUGUAUGUUAUAGACCUGCAUGGGCUAGAAAUGGAGAAUUCGGCAUCAUAAUCACUAUUUAUCGUAGCAUACCAACAUAUUUAUAUAAUGCAGGACUAUUUCUUGCGCUUCUUACCAGUAUCAGGUUUUUGUGAGUCUUCAAGCAUUGCCUUGUCGUACCAAGCCAAUGCCGCCGAGUCAACUUCGCCGUACUGGUGAAUGGGUACCACAGAUGGAGCAAUAGACUGGUCAGAUAAGGAUACCAUGUACCUUCCGUCUUUCGCUCCUGAUUGAUAAGUGUAAGUGACCUGAGGU